GACGGUUAUUCGGUCGGUUUUUUAUUGAUUCUUACUAAAUAUUAACCGAUCGUUCAAUCGAUUAACCGUUGAUUUUUUCGGUAAUUUCUUACGGCCUAUGUUUUAGGGGGGAACAAGUAAUUAUUGGCAAAGUCACCCUAGUCCUUAGAAAUAUUUAAGUAGUAAAUUAUUAUCAAUCUUGCUUUGGGACUUUUUUCUUUUUUUGCUUUUUUCUUCUCUCUUAAAUUUUUCUUGAUUUUAGAGAAUACGGGUAUGCAUAGUAAUUUCAGGCAAGUGAGAAUUGAUAAUUCUAGGUCAACAUACAGCAUACUAAUGGACUCCUCACUUUUCAUCGAUAACCAUUACCAUUAAAUCCAACAUUACUUGCUGCUAAAUCCAUUUGUUUCCCAAAGAGUCAAAUUCACAACCCCAAAGAGUCACUUAUUAUGCCUUUACAUUUACCAUCCAAAACCCUUAAAUCAUUUUUCAUAUUUUGCUCUCCAUGCUCAAAAAAGAUGGCAGGAGUGGGAAGACUGGUCGAUCUACUACUCUUCUACACACUUGAAAGAGUCCUCUUCAACAGAAUGGUAUGUUCAAUGUCCAAGACUCCCCAACUUGUCAAAAGAAGUAUAGCUCUAUGGCUUAUGCUAGGAGAAAUUGGUCACCAUGACUUAAUCAGGACGAUACAUUCCUACGAUAACAACGCCAUCGAUAUUCUCUUCGACGAGGCAUUAUGCUGCUUGGAGUGCAUACAACCAGAUGCAACUGAACCAACUGAAGCAGAAGAUGAUGCACGUCUUUUUAUUACACUAUUCGACGAGCCGGUGAAUAGGAGAUUCUUUUAUUACAACAAGGAGUUCAUGUACAAGAGAUAUGAACACAUCAUGGAGACAGUUUGUGAAAAAAUAUUUGGCCAAAAUGCUGCCAUUGAGGUUGACGAGUCAGGUGCUUGGCCUGUACUUGCUAGACAAUUUGGAGAGGAAUAUUCUAGCACAAAUCAAUAUUCCAAUUUGAAUCCUAAUGCGCCAGAAUUCAAUCCUGGACAGACCCCAGAAGAUAGCAGGACAAUGUUCUUGACAUUUUCAAAGGGUCAUCCUCUAAGCCGCCAAGAGAUUGUUCAGUUCUUUACCUCGAAUUGGGGAGGAGUGGUGCAAGAUGUUGUGAUUGAACAGAGUAGAACAGGAAGAGAUCCACAGUUUGGGAGGAUUGUGUUCAAGAGUUCAUUGGUGAUACCUUUGGUUCUAAAUGGUCAAACAAAAGCCAAGUUCUUGGUGAAUGGUAAGCAUCUCUGGGUUCGGAUUUACGUGCCUCGUCUUCGGAGAGGAAGGAAGACUUGGUGAUAGAGAGAGAGAGUAUCCAUCUUGGUAUUGUUUCUUGUUUGAGUUACUGGUAGUGGCCAGGACAACGUUGCCUGCUCUACAUAUUUUGCAUGAAACUCAACCUUACAGCGCCUUAACAUGAAAUUAGA